AUGUAUACCUUACACAAGAAACCACCCAAGCCGUGUCCUCAUUAUGCUCCCACCGCCAUGGAUUGGCAGCGGCAGUUCCCGCUUCUCGUAGCCGUGCUGCUCGUCGCGCUCUCCCUCUCCGGUGACGUCAUCCGUCCCUUCACCGCCUCGCCUGCCGCUUCGCAGGCGCAAUCCGGCCCCGAGUCCGCCACUACCGCCGCACCUGUCUCCGCGUCUGGCGCCGGGGGGGCGGCGCAGCAGGUUCGGCAGAUCCUUUCGGAUCGGUAUCCGGACCUGGAGGUCAGCCUCGGCAACCACCCGCCCCCCGCGUACUGUCAGGUGCUCUCGAAGCUGCUCUCCGCGGCGCAGAUGGCGGCGAUGGCCGUGAUCUUCGCGGGAGACUCGCUGCUGCCCGCCGUCGGCCUCCCCCCGCCCUUCCCGCAGUGGUACGAGCAGAUCCGAACCAACCGGCUAGGCUCGGCAGCGACCGUGUGGAUCGUGGGCAACGUGAUUCACGGGUCGCUCGCCAGCACGGGGGCGUUUGAGCUCGUCCUGGACGGCCGCACGCUCUUCUCCAAGCUGGCAGAGGGCCGCAUGCCACAGGUGAAUGAAGUCAUCUCAUUGGUGGACGAGCACAUGCGGGGUAACCACAUGCAGCAGUAA